AUGGAUGAGUUGGGUGGUUCUAGUAUCUAUUCGAAGAUAGACUUGCGAGCAGGUUAUCACCAAGUCAGAAUGGAACCAGAGGAUAUCCACAAGACGGCUUUUAAGACGCACAGUGAUCAUUAUGAGUACAUGGUUAUGCCUUUCGGCUUGACCAACGCCCCCACUACAUUCCAGGGCUUGAUGAAUGCCACAUUUAAGGAGUUUCUGCGGAAGUUUGUCCUCAUCUUCUUUGAUGACAUUCUGAUAUACAGUAAUUCCGUGUUGGAUCAUGCCAACCAUCUUGCUUGUGUUUUCAAGAUAAUGACGGAGAGGAAGUUGUUUGCCAAACAUAGUAAAUGUGCCUUUGCCACACGGAGGGUUGAGUAUCUUGGCCAUUUUAUUGAAGAACGUGGCAUUUCUACUGACCCGAGCAAGAUUGGAGCAGUGGAGCGAUGGCCUACACCUACAAGUCUGAAACAAUUACGUGGGUUCUUGGGGUUAGCAGGGUAUUACAGACGAUUUUUCAGAAAUUUUGGCACAAUCGCCCGACCUUUAACGUUGUUGACGAAGAAGGAUUCUUUUUUAUGGUCGGAAGACGCCAACGAAGCUUUUUGUGCUUUGAAGAAGGCUUUAUGCACAGCUCCAGUGUUAGCUUUGCCACGGUUUGAUCGACCUUUUGUAGUGGAAACUGAUGCUUCGGGUCAGGGCAUUGGUGCGUACAAGGAAGGGAAAGAGAAUUUGGUGGCAGAUGCACUGUCUCGUGUCGAAGGUUCUGAAAUCUUACACAUGGCUUUAUCGGUUUUGGAUUGUGACUUGCUUCAACAGAUUCAGGCUGGCUAUGUGAGUGAUCCGUGGAUCCAAUCCGUCAUCUCAGACCUACAGACUAACCCAACCGAGAGGAAGCAGUUUACGUGGAGUAGAGAUAUCUUAAGGAGGAAAAGUAAGAUUGUGGUGCCUGCUGUUGAUUCUGUUCGUACGGCGAUACUUGACUGGUUGCAUUGCUCUGGUAUUGGUGGUCAUUCUGGCCGUGAUGCUACUCAUCAGCGAGUCAAAGGAAUCUUUUACUGGAAGGGUAUGUCUAAGGACAUUCAGAGUUUCAUUCGGAACUGUGCGGUGUGCCAACAGUGUAAGUAUGAUACAGCUGCAUCCCCUGGUCUGAUUCAACCCUUGCCAAUUCCGACUUCGAUAUGGUCUGAUAUUUCCAUGGAUUUCAUCGAUGGCCUUCCUCUGUCUUGCGGGAAAUCAGUUAUUUUUGUGGUAGUGGAUAGAUUGACUAAAGCCGCUCAUUUUAUGGCUUUGUCUCAUCCUUACACAGCGAUGUCGGUGGCUCAAACAUUCCUGGACAACGUCUUCAAGCUCCAUGGUCUUCCUACUUCUAUUGUGAGUGACAGAGACGCCGUAUUCUUGAGCGAGUUUUGGCGAGAGCUUUUCACAUUACAGGGUGUUGCGUUGAACUACUCUAGCGCUUACCACCCUCAGAGUGAUGGAUAA